UUUAUUAUUAUUUCUGAUGAGUGUGGUUUUGCGAAAUCGCCACAAAGCGACGCUAUAGACCGUAACACUGAAUUGGUAACGCUCCUCCUAGAGCAAAAGGAGACUGGCUGCGAUUUUCAGCACAAAGAGAUUCGGGAACAGACGGGACGACGUUAUGGAGUACAUUUCAACAAAGCGAAGGAUCUUGCCUUGAAUUUUGACUGCUCAGAGGAAAGGGAAAUAUAAACGAACUAUACUUUGAUCUCGUUAAACGGAAUUAUGUUACCAACACAUUUCUGGAGAGCUGCUUUGACACAUUUUCUGCUGGGACUGCUGGGUUGUUACCAGGAAGCGGCGCCGACACAGCUGUUUUAUUCUGUUUCAGAGGAGGUAAAACCAGGCACUAACAUAGCAAAUAUUGCGAAGGACCUUAACUUGAACGUGCAAGAUUUGGACUCCCGCUUGUUUCAAAUUGUUGCAUCUAAAAAGAAAUACUUUGAGGUAAAUUUAAAGACCGGAUUUUUGACCACUAAUGAGAGGAUAGAUCGAGAAGAGCUGUGUGCAGAUGAGUCCAAAUGCAUUGUUAGCUUGGAGGCGGUAAUAAACAACCCGUUGAAGUUGUACCGCGUGGAGAUAGAAAUUAAAGAUGUCAACGAUCAUUCUCCUGCUUUUAAUGCGAAAUCGCAACUAUUAGAUGUCGCAGAAAAUACCUCGCCAGGGUUUAAAUUAGCCUUGUCGGAAGCAAGCGACGCUGAUGUUGGUAAAAAUGGCGUUAGCGGCUACAAGCUCAGUCCAAAUGAAUAUUUCAGUCUUGUCACACACAAAAGAGGAGAGAGCAUAUCUCCAGAACUGGUGCUGCAAAAAAACUUAGAUAGAGAGACAAAAUCAAAUAUAAAACUCAUGUUAAUUGCAUUCGACGGGGGCUCUCCGGCAAAUUCAGGUACAUCAGAAAUUGAAAUAAAUGUCUUGGAUACAAACGAUAACGCGCCUAUUUUUAGCAGCAGUCUUUACAAGAUAAACGUGCUAGAAAACGUCGCAAUUGGCACAUCAAUCUUGACUUUAAAUGCCACAGAUGCCGAUGAAGGAUCAAACAGUGAAAUAGUGUUCUCUCUUCGCAGUAAAGAUCAAGAUCAUGUCCUUGAUACUUUCAAAAUAGACUCUGUAACGGGAGUCAUUUCAGUGAAAAGUGAAAUCGACUAUGAAGAAAAGAAAGCGUUUGAGAUCCGUGCGGAGGCAAGAGAUAAAGGCCAGCCCCCCAUGUCUGCUCACAGUAAAGUGCUGGUUGAAGUCAUAGAUGUUAAUGAUAAUGCUCCUGAAAUCACUGUGACGUCACUUGCGAGUAGUGUUAAGGAAGACGCUGCCAUAUCAUAUACCAUUUCCGAGGAGGUGGACAAAGGCAGAGUGGUUGGAAACGUUGCGAAGGACUUAAACCUCAGUGUGCAGCAGCUGCAGAACAUGGACCUCCAAAUGGCAUCUGGCAGCAACGUGACUGUUAAUGUUUUAAUCCUCGAUGAAAAUGAUAAUAAUCCAACCAUUUUAGCUCCUUAUUCUGAGCACGGCUCUGUUAACAGUGAGACCAUCCCUUAUUCUGCUGAAGCUGGAUACUUUGUAGCAAAGAUCAGGGCUGUGGACGCAGAUUCUGGAUACAAUGCGCUGCUUUCUUAUCACCUGUCUGAGCCAAAAGGAAACAACCUGUUCAGGAUCGGAACCAGCACCGGAGAAAUCAGGACUAAGAGGAGAAUGAGCGACAAUGACCUGAAAACUCACUCCGUGGUGGUGCUGGUUUCUGAUAACGGAGAACCUUCUCUGUCAGCCACUGUUUCUAUUGAUGUGAUGGUAGUUGAAACCACAGCUGAUGUCCAGACUCAGUUCAGACAUGUACCUAUAAAGGAGGACAACUUCUCUGAUUUGAACUUGUAUCUGCUGAUCGCCAUCGUGUCAGUGUCUGUGAUUUUUCUGCUGAGUCUCAUCAGUUUAAUAGCUGUCAGAUGCCACAGGACAGACAGUGAUUUCAGCAGGUACAGCGCCCCCAUGAUCACCACCCACCCUGACGGGAGCUGGUCUUACUCUAAAGCUACUCGGCAGUGUGACGUGUGUUUCAGCUCAGACACACUGAAGAGUGACGUAGUGGUUUUCCCCGCCCCGUUUCCAUCUGUAGAUGCUGAACUGAUCAGUAUAAAUGGGAGUGAUACGUUUACCAGAACUCAGACUUUACCAAACAAAGAUAAGGAGUUUAGUUUGGAUUGA